AUGGUCGUUGGGGGACUCACCCAAUACAAGGCCCAAGUACAAAGUAUGCCCAAAGAAGUAGCUGACCAGAUUGAAAAGAAGAUCCACAAAUUCUUCUGGGACGACAAAUCCGCCACCGUAAAUAUUAACACAAUACGCCUACCAAUAAAUGAGGGAGGCAGAAACCUACUAGAUAUAAAAGCGCGAAACGAAGCCAUAGAGCUCAUGAAACUCCGAAACUUUACAAAGCCCCCAAAAGAUAGGCCGAGAUGGGCUAAAGUAGCAGACCAAAUCCUUGUCCUAAACGCAAACCAGGCCUUUGACGUCCCCGAUGUUGCAAAAGAAGACAACUACUUCCUGCAAAACUGGACAGCGAAACUACAAAGUAACCCUAACAUACCAGACAGCCUACGAGACAUGCUAGCAACAGCAAGAAAGUACAAUGUUGGAGUCCACGACGUGAACCCAGGCAAACAAAUGAGGGAACAAAUGCCAAUCUGGCACCACAUAGGCUUCGACCCGAACAAAAGGUCGUACAGAACACACAAAUGGGUAAGAUGCCAGCAGCAAAACCACCAUAUAUCGCUGACAGGCCAGAUGGCGGCCUUUGCCCACCGAAAUAACGGUAGAGGCCACCUGCGACGUAGAAACUGCAAAUGUGCAUUAUGUAAAGAAGACAGAGCCGCCGGCUGCAACAACCCAGCACUAUGUCGCGAGGCAGCUGCAAAAGUAUUGGACAUCCUGCUCCCAAAUUGGGACCCAAGGAAGGCAGAAGACAUCCCCGGCUUAUCAGCACAGGAUGUGGAGACAAACAACCGGAACAUAAUGACAAACAAGCCAGUUAUCUUCAAUCCAAAAACUUCAACAGACGGAACACCUCUGUCCAACCUGAGAGUUUUCAGAAGUAAGCCGCCCAUGCCGGAACCAGGAGACAGACAAGUACAAGCCUAUCCCCCCGUAUUCGAGGAGGAACCAGAACCAGAACCAGACCCGGAAGACAAACAAGUCAUAUACUUAGCCAGCACGUGUAAGAACACUAACACUGAGACGGCAACAUCAUCUGGAGUAGCCUGGUAUGCAGGAAAUAAUGCAAAGAACUUCACCAUUAAAAGAACAGGCCCCACGCAGACAGCAAGACGCAGCAUGCUAACCCUGCUCCAACUCAUACUACGCGACGAGCAACAUACCGUUAAACUUGACUUCAAAUCAAAAUCACCCCACCUGACAAAAAUGCUCCAUGAACAAAUUCACCACCUAGAAGACUGUGGGUGGACAAAGGACCAUGAUGCAGACAUUCUGCAAGAAAUACUAAACCUUCUACGACAGAGGAAAGCUCAAACAACUUUCCAGACAAUAACCGAGGACGAACCAGAUGAGUGGACGACCCUCGAAGAGGCCCAAAACCUGAUCUCUCCUGCACACGGAGAAGUAAGAAAUGACAGACCAGAUGAACCACCAAGGGAACAACCUACCACACAACACCAAAUUGGGAUUAAGAUACAGGCAAUGUCCCAGUCAACCGCAUACAAAGCUAUAAUGAGAAGAGAAAAGGAAAAAGUAGAACCAAGGAGACAAACCCUAAUCAACCUAGACAAGACACGAUACGCUGCAGAAGAAAUAGGAAGAUGUCUGCCAACAGAUAAACAGAUCUGGGCGGCCAUAAAGAAAAGAGACAUCUCAGUCCGAGGAAGAGCCUUCCUCUGGAAAACCAUGCACGAUGCCUACAAAGUGGGCGAAUACUGGGAACGGAUCCCAGGCUACGAAAUCAGAGGCUACUGCCACGUCUGCCAAACAACAGACACAAUGGAACACAUACUCACCGAGUGCAGAGCGACAGGCCAAGAAGCAGUAUGGCAAGCAGCCGAAGAACUGUGGAGCCUCCGUAAACUCGACUGGAAAAAACCAAAAAUUGGACACAUACUUGGGUGCGGCCUCGCAAACUUCCAUCCGGAAAAGAAAAGAACCACAUUAACGGGAGCGAACAGGCUCUACGCGAUACUGAUAUCUGAGAGCGCACACCUCAUCUGGAAAACGAGAUGCAAGUGGAAAAUUGAACACGGAGCACGAGACGACAAAAUAAUUAGUGACGACGGAAUCCGACAAAAAUGGAUACAAACCAUAAACAGACGACUCAAAAUCGACUGCCUCUCAACAAAUGAGAGACGCUACGGAAAAAGAGCACUCAACCCCUCACUGGUUCAAAAAACCUGGUGGGGGGUGCUACUCAACCAGGGAGACCUGGGUGAUGACUGGCUCACAGCCGCCGGGGUUUUAGUGGGUAUAGAGGGGCGUCCGUCUGGACGCAACCGUUGA